AUGCAUUUAAUGUUAGAUAAAUUUAAAGAAUAUUGCACAAGUCGAAGACUAAACAUACUUUUCGGUGUAAUCAUAAAUGUAUUAAUUGUGGUGGUGGUGGUCUUGGCCGUGACGAAUUCCAUAAAAUCGAUAGAACUUAAAGAGUCGCGUCGCCAAUUAGAAAUAUUGGAAUUAUACAUACAAGCCAUGGAAAUAACUUAUCGGCUUUUGAACGAUAUCAGACCGAUCAAAUAUAAUUUGCAAUGGCAUCCAGAUUUGGAAAACAAAACAUGUGAAGCUACCGCUUCCAUACAAAUUGAAAUCGAUAAUGAAACUAAUUUGAUUGUUAUGCAUUCCCGCAAUUUGGAAAUUCACUCUAUAACCCUAUUAAAUAUGAUGGCACGCAUACGUAUCCGCGUCCGCCAAUGGUAUUUGGAUCAUGAACGUGAAAUGUUAUUCAUCGAAUUGGAUGAACUUUUAUAUAGAGCUACACCGUAUACGAUAACAAUAAGUUAUAGUUUCAUUUUAGAUGGAUUGAAUGGUGUGUACACUAGUUCUUACCGAGAUGAGAACGAUGAAGAAAGGGCGCCUAUUACGAAAAUUUGUUUUUCUUAAUAACUCGAUGUCUACAUAAGAGCUUUGACAUUGACUUUUCGGAUUUAUCCCUUGUUUCAUAACAAAAAAAGUAGCUUCACUAACGCAUCUGGAUCCUGGAACAUAUGGAUUGUCCAAUUGUGGCAACAUGAAUAUGUUUUCCGAACUUUCUGAAUGAUGGAUUUCAUCUGAUUGAUUACCCUUCGUAGGUAUUAGAUAUCUAGGCCGAGGAUAUGCAGAGACAAAAGGGUUUAGCUAAGCAGGUUCAGCGUUCUCCACUUUGCCACGUUAUGCUGAGAAAGGCUUCUACAUGGCUCCUGAACAGGUCAUCUAAAUUAAGCCGCACCAUGAUAAAAAUACUAUUUCCCUCUAUCUCUUCUCGCUAUGUUAAUCAAAUGUCAAAAAUAAAUUUGAUUCUUCUUAAGUAAAAGUUGGUCAUUGACGUUAUCUUGGAACUUUUUAAGAUAUGUUCAAAACACUACAAAAUUAUCCUGACUGCUAUUUAUUUGUUGCUCCCAUGCAAAUACGC